AUGAUGAAAGAGUUAUGGAUUUGUAACUUCCUUGGUAUCUACCAUCUAGCUCCACAACGUUGUAAGUACGUCCCCGAGAGACCUCCUGCCAUUGGUAGGAUAAUGCGCGAGGGGCUGUCCUUCGAUGGCGACAACAGUCUUGCCCAGGAACCGUUCUCCCGGAUCAUCCGAACGUCCUUUGAGAAGGAGGUCGAGGAGGUCGAGCACCUCACCCAAAAGGCCAUCCAACUGCGCUCAUACAGGCCAUAG